UUUUGUUGCCUUUGCACCGAUUUAGCAAAAACAUAAAAUCAAACCUAGCCUCAAAAACAAUACAAACCUGAAUGAAAUUUAAUAGAUACGCCAGAAAUACGACAAAUUAAUUGAAUUAAUGCCAACUGAAAAGAGUGCAGCAAAAAGUUAGGAAACUCAGGCCUGAGAGCACGUAGCAGGAAAACGCAGCUGUAACGAGGGAAAGGAAAACCGCCAGGAGCAACAAAGGACAGGAAGAGCAGGAACACAUUCCGAUUCCACAAGGGGAGGAGCCGAGGAAAGCAGGCCAGGAUGGGCGACUAUCACGAGUUCACGGACCAGUACAAGGUGCCGGUGAUAGCGAAGCUACUCCACGCCCUGCCCCACUACAACAUCACGUUCCACAAAAUCAACAGCACAUUCCGGCCCAACGAUGAGAUCUACCUGGAGAGCCUGGGCAUUCUGGGCUCGGUUCCGGCUGCCCUGCUGAUCGUCUCGCUGCUGGGACUGCUCUUCUAUCUCAUGACCCGCUGCUGUGACCGGAAGCCCCGGCCAGCCCACUCGAUCACUAGCCUCAAGGUGGCCCUGUCCAUUGUGACGGUGAUGUGCUGCGCGGCGAUUGGAUUGGGAUUAUACGGAAACGAUGAUCUGCACAACGGACUGCUGGAGGUGCUGACGGCGGGCAGGAAGGUGGACAAUCUGGUCACGACCAUCCGCAAUCAGACGCACAUCUUGGAGAACACACUGACGAAUCGCAUACGGCCGCAGCUGGUGGAACUGGCGGACAUCUUCGAUCAGCCGGUGUCCAACCAAACGGCCCUCUCCAAGCUCUUUGUGUCGCUCAAUAUUGUCCAGGGAAAUGUUACCCUAGCCACCAAUGCGGCCAGCGAUAUCCGACGUCCCCUGAUGGGCAUUUCCAUGACGCACUUCCUCACGCGUGGCGACCAAUGGGAACUGAUCCGCUGGCCGGGCACGGUGGCCACCUUGGCCCUGCUACUUGUCUUGUGUGCCGUGCUGCUGGUGGGCGUGGCCCGGCACUCGCGAUGCGCCCUAAUCCUGUUCAGCGUGUGCGGCUUGCUAGCCGUCACCGGUUCGUGGCUCAUGUCCGGUCUGUAUCUCUCCUCCUCGGUGGCUGUCGGCGAUCUGUGCAUCUCACCAGCGGACUUCCUGGUGUCCACGGCACCAAGAGACCUGCCCACGAAUGUGCUGCUGCACUACACCCAAUGCGAACCAGGCCACACGAAUCCGUUUACCCAACGCCUGAGGGAAUCGCAGAAUUCCCUAAACAAUGCUCGCAGUGCCAUGGCCACGGUUAUGAAGAUAUCGCUGGUGCUCUUCAAGUCCUCGGGGCUGCAGCCCAAGCUUGGUGCUGUAAAUGCGGAUCUGAAUAGCAGUGAGAGAUUGCUGACCCAGCUGACGGCGCUCGUGGAUUGCAAGGCAGUGCAUCACAAUUUUUUGGCCGCCGCUCGAGGACUUUGCGAGGGAGGAUUAUUGGGACUGGUUCUGAUGCUGAUAGCCAGCUUCAUUGCCGCCAUUCUGCUAACCAUCAUGGUGUGGGUGGACUCGCACACGUGGAUUUAUAUACGGAAACGUAAUGACUAUGCCCAGGUUGACGAGCCGUCGUAUAUUUCGCAUCCGGCACCGCAGAACCACCAGCAGAUGAUGAACGCCGCCAGGACAUUGCCGCGAAAUCAUAAUGGGCACUUCAGUCCGCCGGUGAUCAGCGGCUCCCACACGCUCCAGCAUCCCAGCAAGCGCCAGCAGCACGAGAUGAUGGCCCACGCCCACAUCCAGCAGAACAUGCGCGCCAUGGGCACACACACGCUCGGCCGGCUGCCAUCGCAUAACCACAGCCCCACCCACAUGACCGGUCCCAAUAAUGCAGCAGCAGUCGCAGCAGCAGCAAACGCCGCCGCCAACAUGCCGCCGACCACGCAGGCCGCCCAACAGCAACAGCAGCAGCAGGCGCAGCAGCAACAGCAGCAGGCACAGCAACAGCUGGGAGGACCACAGCCCAUCUACUGCCAUCAUCCACACCAGCAUCCGCAUCCCCAUCCGCACCAGCACCCGCAUUCGCAUUCGGCUGCCGCCGUGGCCGCUGCAGUGCAGCACCAGCAUGCGAUCUACCACCAACAGCAGGCGCAGCAAUACGGCACCUAUACCACUGCGGCCCACCACGCGCCGCAUCAUCUGGGGCCGGGCCAGAGUCAGAUCUACCAGCAGAUUCCGGCGCAUUUGGCGCCCCAACUGGCGGCCAAUGGCAACCCCCACUCCAUUUAUCAGCCGCUAGUUGCUGUUAGCCAGGGCUCCAUAUAUGUAUCCAAUUUGGCCACAAUGCGUCGCCAGAACAGCCAGGGCGGCCCACAGAUACCGGCGCACCAGCAUCCACCCAGCUUGCAUCAGCAACAGCAGCAACCACCGCCCCCCUCGCAGCAGCAGCAACAGCUGCAUCAGCUCAAGUCCCCGCAGCAGCACCAGCAACAGCUGCAGCAGCACCAGCAGCAGCAGCAGCACCAUCAGCAGCAACAUCACCAGCAGCAACAGCAGCAGCAACACCAUCAGCAGCAACAGCCAAACGAAUCGGAUGUCGUGCCCAUCAGCACGGCCAUGGAUACCGCCAUCUAUGAUCGGGAUAAGCAGAUCUAUAAGUGCUCCACUUUGCGGCAGGGCGGCAAGUUUGAUCCCAAGUACAAGCCAUCGAUUCUCAACUGCCCACUGCCGGAGAUCCCCAAAGAUGCGGAGCAGCCCAAGGUGGAGUCCAUCUACGAGCAGCGUCAGCAGGCCCACCACCAAAACUACUCCAAGACCCUGCAGCGUCCACCGAUGAAGUUGCCGCCCCAGAUGAAGGCGAUUCCGCCGCCGCGCAUUGGCACGCCCACCUCGCCGCCCCCGCCCGUCGCCCAGCCGCUCAACGAGUCCAACGGAGGAGUGCCGUCGGGUCUGCAGAAUGGAGGAGCUGUUGUGGGAGGAGGCGGGACAAACGCCAACGAGGACACCUCGCUGCCGCCGCCGCCGCUGGAAGCGCAAACGGAGGCGACAAAGGCCCGAAUGGGAGCAGGACCGGCGGCCAAUGGCAAGGUGCUGCACAAUGGCGGAGGCGGUGGAGGCGUAGGCGGUGGCGGCGGAGGAGCGGUGGACGACGAUGAUGAUCUGCCGCCGCCGCCGCCAGCGAUAACCGACGAAAGCAACUAUGCGGUGACGGAGCUGUAAGAUGGUUACUGCUGACACACCCCGACAACGCCCAGUGAAGGCGGGCAGGCAGGAUAUAUGAGACGGGAAUUGGUCAAGACUUGGGAUUGGGGCGUCUUCCUAGGAUUGGGGCGGAUGUAGGAUAGAUAAACAUAUAUCGAGGGAAUCGGGGAAAUGGGACUAAGGAUUGCUGGAGCGGCGAGUGUUCCUUCUUGAUUUGUUGCAUUUAACGUACAGUAUCGUAUCGUAAUCGUAUUCUGGACCGGAAUCCUGCUUUUCGACUCUUGUACAUAUUAUACACCGAACUAUACCCGAACUUUCCGAGCAAGGCGACACGAAGGAUUGAAGCACAGAUACUAGAUACCCGCAGGCGGACAGACGGACAGAUGGACGGACACGUGUAACAUAUAUCAGCGAUCUAUUACUUAUAUAAAUAUACAUAUACAUGUAUAUAAAUAUAUAUAUACAUAUAUAUAAAUAUAUAUAUAUAUAAAUAUAAAUAUAUAUAUACAUAUAUACAUACAUAUAUAUAUCCAUUUAGGACACGGUUAUUCCUUUUUGAUAAUAGCAUAUUUUUACCAAUUUUAAAGCGCUAAAUUGUCCGAAGAAACAAUUUUACGGGGGCUAACUUACUGUAUUAUACAACAUUAAUCUACAAAAAUAUAUAAAUUGUAUAUCCUCUACAACAAAAAACAGAAAAAAGAAGAGAAAAUGAAUUGAAAAGCAUACCGAAAUCGAAAGACCGACACUUGAACCUAAAAAAGCAACCACCAAAUAUUCAAAUCGAAUUCGGAUCGUAGGUCAUAAGUUCUAGAAUCGAACUGUAGUAGAAAAGUUAGAAAGAUUUUUAGGCACUUGUCACGGGAGUCAAUUUUUAAGUAGAAAACGGGCAACUGAAUGGAUGGGCAAAUGGGCGUGGCAGGUUCUUACUAGGCUUUUGGUUUGUAUAAUCAAUUCUUUUACUCGUAACUAGGAAUUGCUCAUUUUCCAUCAGAAAAGAAUCCAGACAAAAUAUUUAAGAUUAGAAUACAUUAUAUAUAUUGAAAAGUCGAUUUUUGAGUCUGGAGAUAUUCGUGGCACCCCGCUUUUUCGUAUUUAGUAGCUUGUUCUAUCUAUAACGAACUUUCCUAAAAUUUCACAUGUGUGAUAACCUCUAGUCAUUCCAAGUUUCGUUAGACCUAUGUUUCAAUCCGGACACAUGGCGGAUGUGAAUACUUAGUUGUACCUAUUUUCAUGGCCUAAGUUCCUCACUGACUGCAUUUAUACCUAAUCCUACAUAAAUGUUCACAAAUCGCUUAGCAGUGCUAGGAUAAAACAAUCCCCACUUACGUUGCAAGCGAAUCGAACCGAUAUAACCUCGAGUAUGCCAAACCCACGUUAGUUGAAGGAUUGGAGUUAUUUAAGCACCCAAGGACUCGUACUGCUACUGCUAAGACCCCGAACCCAACCACUGCCCAUCCCCGGUCACAUCCAUUCAGGGGAUUCCCCGUUUAGUGCUCGACUCUGUCCUGGGUCUGGGUUGUGCUGCGGACGAUGCCCACGCCUGGAUGGAAUGCGGUGGGAUGCGAUGGGAUCGUCCGGGACUGGCGGGCUGAAUCGGUCGAGGAUUCGAGCCCGCGAUUUUAUUGUGUAUUUAACCUAAGCUUAACAUGGAAUGCAUUUAUUAAACCUAAACUUAACGAUGAUACAUGUAGAUACUUAGCGGGCUAACUGUAUAUUUAGUAGCUAAACGAAAGGCAUGCAUAGUACUAGCGUAAUCAGUAACCAACUAGACGAGAAGAGAUAUGAACAAUUUGACUUGGCAUGAAACCGAUAGCAAUAUGAAACAAACACAAAGUACUGCCCCCCUCCCCCCCAAUCGCCAAAGAACGCAAGCCGAAAAAACGAACCCAAAAAAACCGAAUUAAAAGCGACAUGACAAGAAAACAAGCGAACUACAAAGUUAUAUAGAUAUAUAUACACGCGCGAUAUAUACACGAAUAGAUAUUAUAAAAUAGUUAUAGACAAGAUACUUAAGCCUAUCGACAACUAUAUACCAGCAACACGCAUCAAGAAUAAUCGAAGCAUUUUAGAGCGAUUCCCGGAGGCCAACUUCAGUGGACGCCAGGUGGCCAACCAACUAGGUCGCAUCCGAACACUGCCCACACAGCGAAGUUCUCAACAUUUACCAAUCGAUCGAUCGAUCAAGGGAUCGCCCAAAUCGAUCGAUCGAUCGAUCGAUCAAUCAAUCAAUCGAUCAAUCUAGCCAUAAUAUACAUACAUACAUACACCUAACGAGCCCCAACUAGAGCGAUCCCCCCAUUGAAAUGAUCAACUGUAAGAUAUUAACAAUCGGGACUCAGAUCGAAGUUGGCUCAAUCGCAUUUUUAAAGUAAAUAUGUAAAGACGCUGUAAAGAGAGAUCGGAACAAACUAAUCAAGUUUUUUAUUCGCUUAUUAUACAAUUACCAGUUAUAAAAAACAACAAACGAAAUACGAACAAAUCGAACAACAGUCGUCUCAAGGGGUCCUUCGUCACGAAACCGAACCGAACCGAACCGAAUCGAAUCGUAAUCCUCUAAGAAUCCUUUAAGGAUCGCCCAAUCCCCAUGAGCAGUACCGAAUUAUACUAGUAGAUGGUAAAGCUCCGAAGAACCCCCUUGAGAGGCAAAGUUUGGGAGUCAUGGGAGUUCCGAGCCCAGAUCGGAACUCCACGUACACGUACAUAUAAAUAUAACACAAUUAGUUCGUAAAUAUAUUUCUGUGUUAAAUGUUGUCA